AUGGGUCAUAAAGAUUUAGGAAACAUAGAAACUGGACCAUUUCAGUCAAAACUUCAAGUAAGGAAAUAUUUUACUUUCUGGUUUAAUUUAAAUAUAUAAGAAAUGUUAAGUAUGUAACAUAUUGAGGUGUUAAUACAUUUUAAAAUAUCCAUACUUUAACUCUAAAUCAUUUAUAAGUUAUUUUCACUAUAGACAUAUUCAAAAAAAGUGUUAUGGUUCCCGAAAUCGUAGAUUUUAUGCAUCAUACUUUGCUGAAUUUAAUUGGUUGGAAUAUAACUUAGAAACAAAUUCAGUUUAUUGCUUUCCUUGUUAGAUAUUUGGUACUAAACCUUCAGAAGAAACAUUUACCUCAAAGAGGUUUAAUAACUGGAAAAAGUAGGUAAAUAUAUACAUACAGACAAAUAUUUUAUUUUGUUAAAUAAUUAAUAGGUACCUAUUAUAUUUGUAUUCAAUUAUUUUAUAGCUUAGUGGGUCUAAAGGUACUGUCAAAGGUUCAAAAUAAAAAUUACAACUGCAUUCAGCUACUAUCUACCAUAUAAAUUGUAUGACAAAAUAGACUUUGUAUGAACAAGCAGAUCAGUCUGGUUUUAUACAUACUUCAUUGUGUAAUGUCCACCGUAAAGUUGUAGUUAAAAAUCAAAACUAUAUUAAAAGUCUCACUGAUAUUUUAUUAUUUCUUGCAUGUCAAGGUUUAGAGUUUAGAGGCCACAAUGAAAACUAUACUUCACUAAACCAAG